AUGCUUCGUCAAGUAACCGGACUGUUCAAAGCUCAAAGUCAAGAAAGCCUUAUCAAGCAGUAUACACAAGAUCUUGCAAGAAUAACGUCCCAGAUACAUGAACUAGAUAAGCGUUUGAAGCAGAAAGACGCGGGAAAGUCGUUGUGGCAUAAACGGUUUUAUUUACAUGGCUCUGGAAUUUUGGCACUUUUAAACGCAGUGCUGUAUGCACAACUUAAUGAUAAACAUUUUGUCAUUGCGUCGCUAAUCAUGUCGGUUGUGAUUAUAAUAGCAUUGAAAUCUGGGGUCGACAGGUGGUACGAUUUCUCCAGACAACGAACAAUGCGGAAAGUGGAACGACUAAGAGCUCAGCACCAGGAAAAGCUGGAAACCCUAAAACAAAAGACACAUUUUUACUCCACCAACUCGCUUAUCAAACGGUUCUCGUCGGGUCAGCAGGAGGAAGAAGACGCUGUGACUCUCAUGGACGAAGAAAUGAAAACGAAAUACGAAGAAUUGAGCAAGUUGAAGCGUGAGCUUGCAGAUUUUCAAAAACAGGGCAAUCCGCACGAAUCGGAAGCGCAGAGGGACAAAUGGUUCGACAAGGUGCUGGACGUAAUAUCAGGCGGGGAGAUGAAGACGGACUCCCAGCUCAAACCAGUGGUGUGUCAAAAAUGUAAAAAGCACGCCGGUAGCUACACUGUUCCAGGCGCAGCUCUUCAGUACGUGUGCCCAUUAUGCAAUUGGCGUUACGACAGCAAGGAACAGGGGCCGCUGAUGGCUAGCGAGAAAAAGAAGGAGCCUGAAAGUGUAGUUUCCAGUGCUCAAAAUCAAAAAGACUCUAACGACUUGAGUUCGAAGCCCAGGUUAAUACCUAAAUAG